GAAUUUAUCUUCAAAGUAUCCGUGAAAUGUGCACGAUAUCAUCCAGUUAUUUUCGACUUAUUUCCGUACGGAUAAAUAUCGGUGGUGGGCUGAUCCGCUGCAACAGGAUUAUCAUAAAAAAACUACCUCGAUACCUCCUCGAUGCUUCGUCUCAGCAACGAUUGAACGACGAUUAUUUUACAUCGAUGGAUGUAAGCUGGCCGUUACGUUGAAUCGUUUGCGGAAUAUGAAAAUCAAAUUUACAAGAUGAAGAGAAUCGAUUCCAUCGAAUAGAUAUCGGCACGAUUCUUAAGUUUCCAAUCGUUUAACAUCGAUUGCACGGAGCCGACCAUCCAUGAAUGGAACAGGGAACAUCGAUCAAAUUAUCGCGUUGCACAAUGUCGUAAAUCCUUUUAAAUGGGGUUGAAUUGUGAACGAUCGUUUUGAAUAAGAUGAUGAUGUCGGCUACGAAUUACAACGAAACCGAUACCGGCACGAUGGCCAAUUAUUUUGGUAAUUCCGACUUGGAUCAAUCGUUCGCCACCAAUCUGCCCCAGCCAACAACUACGUCCCCCGUUUUGAACGUGACAACGUUGCCAACAGUGGCGGCCACGCAUUACGGCCAAACGAAUCUGCUCGAGAGUUUGAUAAUCCCUCUAUACGGAAUAAUAUUUCUCCUUUCCAUCGUUGGGAAUUCGUUGGUGCUGAUCACCCUGGCACGUAACAAGAGGAUGAGGACCGUGACCAACGUUUACUUGUUAAAUCUGGCGGUUUCGGAUCUGCUGCUCGGCGUCUUUUGCAUGCCUUUUACACUUCUUGGACAAGUUCUGAAGAAUUUUGUUUUUGGUAUAACGAUGUGCAAACUAAUACCGUAUUUUCAAGCCGUGUCGGUGUCUGUCGGCGUAUGGACACUGGUCGCCAUCUCUUUGGAGCGUUACUUUGCCAUCUGCAGACCACUGAAGUCGAGAAGAUGGCAAACACAGUUUCAUGCUUACAAAAUGAUUGCCGUGGUUUGGACAGCCAGUCUUACGUGGAAUGCGCCAAUUCUUGUUGUUUCGCGGUUGAAAAGUAUACGCGAUGGAAGACAAAAGUGCCGGGAGGAAUGGCCGAGCGUUGGCGCCGAGCGAGCUUAUAAUCUUUUCUUAGACGGGACCCUGCUUUUAGUUCCCUUAAUCGUGAUGAGCCUGGCUUAUUCUUUGAUCGCAGUGAAACUUUGGAGGGGAUUACGGCAGGAAAUUCGUCAAUCGUCGAAUUGUCAACAACGUCUGGAGAGGAUAGAAUCGGCGAGGGCGACGGUGAAGAAUUCCACGUAUGACAAAGGUGAUGGAGGGGCGAACACCACGGUCGUUCUCAAUGCUUGCGGCGCAUCCUCGAGAUUAAGGCGAGGAUUUCCCUCGUCCUCCCACGGAUACUACCACGGCUCUCCCCAGGGAGUGGCGUCUAGGAUACGGGUUCCGAGGAUGAAAGUAUCCAGUGUGUUCGGUGGAAAAUUAAAGGGAUCGGAUUUUUCCAAUGAAUCGAGAGUACAGGCUCGCAGCAAUGGAAAUAAUUGUGUUUCGAGGGAUACGAAAGAUUCCUCCAACGAGGAGCAACAAGAUUCGGGCUGUCCAUUCAAUAGACAACACAUUAUACGUAGCAACUACAUGGGCAAAAGUAUCGAAGCCAAGAAAAAAGUGAUAAGGAUGCUGUUCGUGAUAGUGUUGGAAUUUUUCGUCUGCUGGGCACCGUUGCACGUGAUCAAUACCUGGUAUCUUUUCGCGCCAGAUUUCGUGUAUUCGACCGUCGGCAGCACGGGGAUCAGCCUGGUACAAUUGCUUGCCUACGUGUCGAGUUGCUGCAAUCCGAUCACGUAUUGCUUCAUGAACAGAAAGUUUCGUCAAGCGUUCCUUGGCCUCUUCGAUUGUCACCGUUGUUGGAGAGUCGGGUGUAGAAACAGCGAUAUCGCGAUGGCGUCGACCAGAAAUGCCGCCCAAGCGGGGAACAACAGCGAGCUAAGCGGAAACGAAUCGGCAGUUUAUCUUGGAAAAGCUUCCCUCGCCACCAGAUCAGAAGUAGUACGGCUGUUGGAGGAGGAGGACCGCGUCUAGUAUAGGCAGAACGUGUGUUUCACUGAGAAUACGAGACCAAACGUUUCUUUGUCCCAUACCGGUAACGAGCAGGACGAUUUCUUCUUAAAGAUAUCUUGGCGUCCAUCCACGGACAGAGUUCCUUUCUAUUCUGGAGGGAAAUGCCUCUCUGUUAACGAUCUGCACCGUUCCUCGUCGCGAUCAUCCUGCGUCGACAAUCUUAAUUUCCUUUACGACUAAGAUGGCGGCACGAUCUUGUAAUUAAAUUGUAAGUCUCGUCGUCCGAGUUUAUGAUAUGAUUUUCAAUAAAGCAAGAUAAUAAUACAAUUGAAGAACAUUUUUUUUUUUUUCUUUUUUUUGGGGAGGGUAAAUCGUUUUUAACCCUUUGAGUC